GGUCCUCUUCUUCAUUAGAAUCUUUUAUUCGCAGUUCCGCAUGUCUAUUGAAGUAAAUGGAAAUGAAGCUCAACCGCCAAUAACAACUAUUGCAUAUGAUCUCAAAUACCCAAAUAGUCUGAUCUUCACCAGAUCAUACCAAAAUGGAAAGCUCCCAAAACGACUCUGCCACCAUCUCCGACGAUUCCACCAUCAAGGCUGACGCCGACUUCAAAACCGAAACAGCUAAGGAAUUUCCUUGCUCUUACGAAGAAAGUGAAAAGGUCCUCGCUUACCACAAUCAACAAAUUUAUAUAGCCAAGGUGGUGAAAGCUAAAUACGAAUUCAAUAGAUGGAAGUAUUAUGUUCAUUACCCUGGUUGGAAUAAAAAUUGGGAUGAAUGGGUUGGAGUGGAACGUCUGAUGAAAUAUACUGAAGCGAAUAUACAGAAAUACCUCAACAAAAAGAAAGACUUGGAAAAAAUCACAAAGGCAGCGCGCGCAUCACAGAUUAAAUCAAAAAGUUCCAAUGUUCCGAGGAGCAAGAAGAGGAAAUUUGACCCUUUCAACAAGGAAAAAGAUGUUAUGCCGUGGGAAAAGUUGGUAUCUCUCCAAAUUCCACCAAUGCUUAAGAAGCAACUUGUUGAUGAUUGUGAAUUUAUCACUCAUCUGGGCAAGCUUGUUAAACUUCCUCGUUGCCCUAAUGUGGAUAACAUCAUGAAGAAAUAUCUUGACUAUAGAUUAAAGAAAGAUGGCUCGAUAUCUGAAGCAGUUGGGGAAAUUACAAAAGGUUUAUGUUCUUAUUUCAACAAGGCAUUGCCGGUGAUGCUUCUCUAUAAAAAUGAGCGCAAACAAUACACCAAUGCAAUUAAAGAAAAUGUUUCUCCCUCGACAAUAUAUGGUGCUGAGCAUCUGUUACGCCUGUUUGUUAAGUUGCCGGAGUUAUUAGCAUAUGCAAACAUUGAAGAGGAUACACUGAUAGAGUUGCAGCAAAAAUUAGUCGACUUUCUCAAGUUUCUGCAGAAAAAUCAGAGUGCAUUUUUCCUGUCUACUUAUCAUGUAGCGGAAAAUACUGAAACAAGUACGACUAGAGAAGAUGAUUAGGUUGGGAUUUUAAAGGCUGGAGUUUGUACAUACUACACCAUAGAAUUACAUCUGUAAGCAUAUUUCUUCUAGUCAUUUCGAUCUAUCUCCUUUGAGACUCUCUAUGAUUUGCCAUGCACCUUGAAACCCUUUGAAGAACUGUAACCAAGAACCAAAUAGUUGGUGGUUGAAAUCUGCCUAAAAUAGGAACAUAAAUUACUUUAGGAAUUGAAAAGGGGGACUUGAAUUGCCAUGAUAUGUCUCUUAAUAUGCUAUUA